AGGUUUUAUGAAGGCGCAAAUCCAAUUCUUAUGGUAGCUGAUCCUGAACUGCUAAAAAAUAUUCUAAUAAAAGAUUUUCAUGUAUUUACUGAAAUGAGAGGGUUAAGGUUUGGAGAUCGUUUCAUAGACAGAAUGCUUUUCGUUCAAGGAGGAGAAAAAUGGAAAGAAUUAAGAACUAUUAUGUCGCCUACUUUUACAUCAGGAAAAUUAAGAAUGAUGAACAAAUUAAUCCACGAAUGUACUGAAACUCUUACAGAAAAUUUGGAAGAAGCAGCUGAUAACAAAAUGGAAAUCGAUGUUGGAAAAUAUUUUGGUGCAUACGCGAUGGAUGUAAUUACUAGAUGUUCGUUUAGUAUGAAGGUCGAUUCUAGAAAAGAUCCAAAUAAUCCAUUAGUUACGGCUGUCAGGAAAGUUGUUAGUCCGACAUCGUGGAGAUUUAUGCUCGCUAUUUUAUUUCCUGAUUUGGUAAAAUUAAUACGGUUAUCUGUGUUCACUCCUUCCAUAAUAUCAUUUUUUGAGAAUCUUUCGACGCAAUUAAUCAACGAAAGGAAAAAUUUGAGAGAAGAUCAGAAACCAAAGGAUUUUCUUCAAUUGUUAUUAGAUGCAGAAAGUGAAGAUUCGAGUAAAAAGAAUGGAAAGAAAAAAUUAGAACUAGAAGAAGUGGUUGCACAAUGCAUAAUGUUUUUUAUUGUCGGUUAUUUUACUACAGCCGUAACGAUUACUUUCGUUGCUCAUCAACUUGCGAUAAAACCGGAAAUCCAAGAAAAACUUCUUAAAGAAAUCGACGAAUCUUUACAAAAUAAGAAAGAAAUAGAAUACGACGAUAUCGCUGGACUGAAAUAUUUAGAUGCAGUGGUGCAAGAGACCCUUCGAUAUUAUACUCCAAGUCCAAGAUUGGAACGCCGUUCGGUAGAAGAUUAUAAAUUAGGGGAUACGGGAAUUGUAAUUCCAAAAUCGACAAUAUUUGCUGUUCCGAUCUACUCACUCACUCACGAUCCUCAAUAUUUUCCAGAACCGGAGAAAUUCGAUCCGGAAAGGUAA